AUGUGCGGUUGCAAGGACGAUCUGAAGUGCCUUAUGCACUUUGAGUACAACCUAAUUGAGUCCUACGAUACGGUAAAAAAGAUUAGGGAGGAUCAUGAGUACACGCUCGUACACACGAAAAGGAGCGAUGAAGAAAGACGCAAAAAGAAGAUAUACCUGUUGGGGUUAAAUUAUGAUGAAUGCAUUUUCCUGCGUGGGAACUUCCGUUUUCGGCUUUUAAAGGGGAUAGGGAAAUUCAAUGGACAGGUAAUGAAGCCAUCAGAGAGAUAUACAAAUGUGCGCAUACCCGACUUUUACCCCCUCUUCAAAUUUGUGGCUCUGAAUGGAAGUAACGUUAAAUAUGAUGACAACCGAUUUGUCUUUUCUGCAAGGAGUUGUUAUUUGGGUUGUUGCGAUUGUUUUGAUUGUUGUGAGCGGGAAGAAGUGAAGGUAAUCGAUACGGAAAUAACGCAAAGGAGAAAAGAUAUAACUGAUUCGAAGGACAAUAAGGAACCUGAUGGGGAGUCCACUACGUGUGCCCCGAAAUGCGGAAAAAAUUUGUGCCUGAACGAAUGUAGUAAUAAGAUAUUGCAAAAUUAUUUAUAUGGAUUGAAUAUUUUAAAAAGAGACAAUGGUAAGAGGAAAGAAUUCUACGAAUAUGUGGUGAACGCGGAUAAACAUGAUGUUAGCACUCUAGCGAGUGUGCACAUGAUGGAUACCAUAAGCAGAAAAGAUUUUUGGGAAAAGUAUCCUAUCGUUAUUGCUUUUGAAAAAAAGAAAGAUUUUCUUUACAAUUUAGCUAAUAGAAAUUGUGGGAAGAAGGUGAACUUGUCAAACUGCGAGAAAAAUAAUAACCCGUAUAUUGACACAUACCAGGUAUCCUACGUUCUGAGGGAGUUUAUGAGAUACAUACAGAUCGGGAAGAAGUACCACAUGCGGGACAUCCUGGCGAGGGCAGGUGGUGAUGGUAAGAGCCAUUAUCGUAUAGGAAAUGAAGGAAACGACAAGCAGGACGACUUCCGCGAUGACAAAAGGGGAGACCACCUGAGCAUCUCCCAUGAAGGAGAGGAUAAGGUAGUGGAAGAGGAAGUGUGCGAACUGCAAGAGGAGCUCGAGAGGAAUCCAAACGCCAAUGAAUAUGAACAAGAAAUAAGGGAAUUACCUGAAUUUGUCAGAUCAACCAAAUAUGAGUGUUGGGAAUUAUACAAAAGGAACAGAAUAAAUAGCAGAAUUCAUCAGUUCGAUUAUCCAUACUAUAAAAGAGAGAGAGACACAAGCAAUAUAUUUAGCAUCAUGGUCAUGGGAGACAAGGGAAAGGGGAAAAGUCUCUUGACAAUGAACUUGGUAAAUAAUUUAUUAAAUUUUUUUGAAGAAGUAUAUCUUGUAGAUAUUGAUGUGGGACAGCCGAUCAUAGGAAUAAGUGGUUUCCUGUCCAUAUAUAAAAUAAAGUGCCCAUUAAAUAAUUAUAAUUUUUUUCAGAAAAAAUCCAAGUGUAUUAAAAAAAUAUUUUUUGGAGGAUGCUCUAUUGAAGAAAAUAUCCCUUAUUAUAUUGAAUGCCUGGAAUAUUUGUAUUUUUACUUAUUCUACAUAUACUUUGAGAAAAAAAAGAAAAGGAGAAGAGUAUCCCAUCGAAUGAAUGAAUAUUGCUAUCCUGUAGUGAUUAACACAUUCGGAUGGGUUAGAAAUAUUGGGUUGCUCCUUCUAAACUUAAAUAUCCAUCUAAGUUAUUGUAACUUUAUCGUCCAAAUUGAUUCACUAAAAUGUGAUGAAAAGGUAAAGAGCAAAUUGAACAGAGAAGAAUUGGUGUCUUACCUGUUUAAUGAUUUUCUGCUGAUCAAACUAGGUAGACGAAACGACAUGUAUACCAUCUUAAAUUUGAACAAUGAAAAUGUAUCCGUAAUCUCGGAGCCACAUUCCCUCUUUAACGUUAUCAGUGAGUAUAGUAAUUUGAAAGAAAACAAUUUUUUAUUUCACAAAUUUGACAUGUCUUUCGAAAGGGAGAAAAUUAUUAAUAAUAAGACCUACCACGACAGGUCGGAUACUAAUUUUAAAGAGAGAGAGUGCGAAGCGCACAUGAGGGAUAUUAACAAAGUGAAUGUGAAUACCUGUCCACAGGGGAGUUGUGACUUCAAGGGGAAUGGCCAUCCCAGGUACAGUAACAAAGAAGUGCCAGAUAUUGAGAAACAGAAAAGGAUAGAAAAUCAAAGUGGUAUUAAAAAUUACGACAUAUCAUUCGGAAGUGAGGAAAAAUACGACUACUUAAAGAAAAAAAUGAAAUUUUUUUUUGGCUGGAAUUGUGUAAGGGUAAUAAAUUUUGUAAGCUAUGAAAAAAUCCUAUCACAUGACAAUAUGCAUGGCUUAUUGAAGAAAUCGGAAGACUGUUCCAUCCAAGCGAGAAGAUUAAGGUGGUUUCGAAUUUUUUCUUACUUUUUUUACAAGUUUAAUAAGAUAAUUUUUUAUUCCUACAGCCCAUCGUUUGGCGACGCCCUGAGGGAUCGCUAUGGCCAUUCGCGUUGCAACUCUCAUCGCACAUCAAGUGCGGGAGAAAUGAAGGAGCAAGCAACGUUACACCAGGAAGGAGACCCCCGCGGAGACAAUGGAACUGCUAUGGAUAAGGGUUUCCUAACUGGAAAGGAGCUAUCUACAAAUGAUAAUCCCUUGGAAGGAGUAUGUCACGACAAAAUUAAGUACACCGUUAGUGAAUGUGAAGUAGGACAAACCAAUUUGACGACGAAGGAAUGUUCGACCCAGAUUUAUAAACCCCCUCAAAGCAAUGGACCACUAUUCAACUGUGCCAUUUUUAAUUUAAAGAAUAUUAAGUUGAGCAGCUUAGUUUUUAAUAGGUACUACUUUAACUUAUUUCCCCAUGGGUACUUCAACGCCAGCAGAUUCUUCUUUAAUAAUGUCAUAUGUCUUUGUAAGGAUGUGAAUGUGGCUAGCAGUGCAUCCCGAAGUAAACGCAAAUGGGGGGGAAAUCAUGGGGAGUUAAUGGGGAGUUACGAAAUGGGGGAGAGGCGUGAAGACGAUGUUGAAGGAAACAGGGUGGAUUAUUACAUCGAUCGGUUAUAUAUAAACGCAAAUUUUAAAAAUGCAAAUUCUUUCAUUAAGGAGGAGUAUUUUAGGGAGAAUAAUGUCCAGUUAGUUCCCCUGCGCGAGAAUUUCACUUGUCUGUUAACAGCAUAUGUAAAAUUAAUUGAUAAUUUCAGACUCAUAAUUUAUCUACCCUUCUGGUUUCGGGAGUUCGAUUUACUUUCCAGUGUUGAUACGUUUGUUGUCGGCACGCAGCUUGCCCCCAGGUACAUGGACGACAUGAUUAAUGAGUAUUUAUUUUAUUAUGAUGUAAUUACUGAGAAGGGGGAUGAGAUGAUGGAUGGGAACCAAAUGGGGAAUCCCACCGAGGUAGGCCCGGCUUGUUGA